CUCCUGCUGUAUCCUGCUGCCACCACUGAGGAUGCUGCUGCUGCCACUGCCCGGGGACCUCUGCCAAUGCCACCGACUCCAGGGACCCUCAAUGUCGAUGCCAGGGACCCCUGCCUGCCCUGAUGGACAGCACCCCUAUGGUCAGUCCAAAGACCACAGUAGGCGUACACCAUUUCUACCGCCAGUAACAGACUCAAACGUGUGACUGUCUCCCCUUAUAGCAGUGUGAUUUGUGUUACAUAACUGGGAGAGCAGCAAGCGUAGCAACCAGGGAGCAGAACUUCUGUCUGACCUUCAGCUGUAUAAAAUGGCAGGUUGCAGAUCAUCUCUUGUCCACGUGGACCUGUACAAGAAUCCAGAGAAGAGAACCCAUGGCUGGUACCUACCAUUAAUGGCUCCUAAUGAAAAAGGACCAAGCUAUGCUUGGCUGGACCCAUCUAGACUUUACUGCCACCAAGAGGCCCUGCAGGAUUGCAUUGAAGAUCUUCUGCAACCCUUUAAGGAUGACCAUAUAGAUCUUGUUGCUGGGAUUGACGCCAUGGGAUUCAUACUAGGAGCUGCCAUAGCUGCACAUUUAGGCAAAGGCUUUUUAGCCAUCAGGAAAGCUGGCCACCUAUGUGUUAAGACCUAUAGCCAGUCAUAUGUUGACUACUCCAAAAGGGAAAAAUGCAUGGAGGUCCGGACUGAUGCCAUUAGACCAGGUGUGCGCAUCCUAUUAGUGGAUCAGUGGAUUGAGACAGGAGGAACCAUGAGUGCAGCCAUUAAACUGGUGGAAAAUCAAGGUGGGGUUGUUGCAGGAAUUGCUACCAUCUGUAUUGAGGACAGCGAUGGAGGCAAAUGGGUGAAAGAAAACUACAAAUGUUCUGAUUGUGUUCCUGAUGAUAUGCGGAGCCAGUUUAAUGGCCAUUUAUUGGAGAGCUUCCAUGCCUUCCACAACUAGCAGAACAAUUUCUGAUCUUCUCCCUGGCACCAUAGUAAAUCACUAGAUCUGCAUUCAUCUAAAUGAAUACAUCCAUGUAUCCAACAGCUUGCCAUAGGACUGACCAUAAGUACUUAUAUACCACAACAUGUGCAUGGUGACUGCUCCUUCAUAAAAUGUAGGAUAAAUAUGUUCCAGAAACGAUGAUAUAGCAAUAUCACAAGAUGCCUAGGAGUCUUCAUUGUCGGCUGCUUUUACAACUUUGUAGGGUAAAGAAAUGACAGCAUGCAAGUAUUAUUCCUCUAUUUCAUCUAGUUACCAAAGGAUGAACAAUGUGAACAGCUAAAUCCUUCUGGAAAAUGGAUUCUCUAUUGGAAAUGUAUUUCAACUGUCCAAUACUGUAAUAAAGUAAAUACCCAUCA